AUGUCCUUCGCUAACUCUCUUCCAGUUGAUUCUUACGGGGGAACGGUCAAUGGCCGCUCCAUCACAUGGACCAAGGGCGCAGCGGCAAGGCUGCCCGCCGAUGCGAGCAAGUGGACAGUGGAUCCGGCCCUUAUGAAAGGUGCUACUGAGCAUGCGGCCCAUGCUACUGCCACACGACUCGGUAAACCCAAAGUCGUCAUUAUGGGAUCGCUUCAUGGCACGACAACUAUAGGUGAAACCCGUCAAAAGAUACCACACCGGCCUCAUUGCACAUUUCGAAUGGAGCCAGGCGGCCAUAUCAAGGUUCAUGUUUACGUUGAUGUUUCCAAUGCCAUCUCGGCGGACGGGUUGAAAGUGGUAGGAGAAAGUGUGAGUAUUCGCGAUCGGGAGCCGGACCCAAAGCUUUCCAUCGGGGACUACUGGAGGACAUAUAGUGAGUCCGCAUCGGCCUAA